AGGUUUCUACUCAACACCUCAUUGGAGUUGCUCAUAUCUGGAAUCACUACAUCGUAAACUCGAUUCAACUUCUCAAAUUCAACUUUUCUUCUUCAAUUACUACACGUUUCUAAUCAGAUUUCGUCAAGAGCAGCGAAAGUGGUGGCGGAACUAGAAGACAACUAAGAAAUAAGAAAAAGAGCAAAAGAGCACACAGAGUUUAUAUAAAUUGCUCCCGUUCAAAACUGAUUUUUAUGAGUCUGUGAUGCUCUGUUCCCUAUUGCAAGUGCUCAUUCCACAAUCUACAAUUUUAAUUCGACUAAACGAAAACACAAACUCGGGAGAUUAUCAAAAGAUCAGAAGCAGUAGCAGUUCAAUCAGACGACUUCCCUUCACCUCGAGCAGGUAGUUUUUGGAAGGUUUCAGAAGAGACGGACGAACUUUAUCGGAGCUUCUGCUUCUUUCCAUCUCUUUUUUCUUUGCUGCUCUCCACACAAUCAUAAUCAUCAUCACGGAGCUGUUGGUAUGCGCUCCAUCGGCGGCUCAUUCCAUCUGCUGCAGCCCGUCGUCGCCGCUCUCAUACUCCUCGUCGUCUGCCUCGUUUAUGCGUUGCAAUCAGGGAGUGGCACGAUCUCAGAAUUCUCAUCAGAUGUGCUGUUCUCCAGGGCCAAGUACUCAGGUGUGCCAGUGCAUCACAGUCGAUGGCGUCAAGACGCCGGUAUACACGUCAUCGACAGCCAUCACAUCGUCCGAAGAGAUUCUUAUGGACGUCGUGGAAAACGUGAUGUCACGUCAACAGAUCGGCGACGUCGACUCCAAGGAGUUGCCAGAGACUGUGGACAUGCUUGUCACUUACGAUUACGAUCAGAUGAUGCCGUCUACAUCGUUCAUUUGCACAGAUGGAAUCAAAUACCGGACUCACAUAACAAAAGUGUUCCCCACUUUUCCAAUUCAAAUUUCGCGCCGAUGGUCUUAUAUUUGGACUCGGAGGAGGAGGUUAGAGGUGGAAUGUCUCGAACAGAUCCCGAUUGUAUCUACCGUGCACACGUUAAAGGUGUACAUCAGCACAGCAUCGUCAAUUUAUGCGACUCGGAAGACGGAUUGUACGGAAUGCUUGCACUACCCAGCGGAAUCCAUACGGUUGAGCCAAUUAUUAGUGGAAACGGAACAGAGCACGACGGAGCAAGUCGCCAUAGGCAACAUCUCGUCCGAAAGUUCGAUCCAAUGCACUUCAAAUCGUUUGACCAUCUUAACUCGACCAGUGUCAACGAGACGGAGACGACGGUUGCCACGUGGCAAGAUCAGUGGGAAGAUGUUAUUGAACGCAAAGCAAGAUCCCGAAGAGCUGCCAACUCUUGGGAUCACUAUGUUGAAGUCCUUGUGGUGGCGGAUACAAAAAUGUACGAAUAUCACGGAAGAUCUCUUGAAGACUACGUUCUCACUCUCUUCUCCACAGUUGCCUCCAUCUAUCGUCACCAAUCCCUUCGUGCAUCUAUCAAUGUCGUUGUUGUCAAGUUGAUCGUUUUGAAAACGGAAAACGCUGGACCACGAAUCACUCAGAACGCUCAACAAACACUUCAAGAUUUCUGUAGAUGGCAGCAGUAUUACAAUGAUCCAGAUGAUUCGAGUGUCCAACAUCAUGACGUUGCAAUCCUUUUGACGCGUAAAGAUAUUUGUCGAUCACAAGGAAAAUGCGAUACACUUGGACUUGCUGAACUUGGAACAAUGUGUGAUAUGCAAAAAAGUUGUGCAAUCAUAGAAGACAAUGGAUUGAGUGCUGCAUUCACAAUUGCUCAUGAAUUGGGUCAUGUGUUUUCGAUUCCUCAUGAUGACGAACGAAAAUGCUCUACCUACAUGCCGGUUAAUAAGAACAACUUCCACAUAAUGGCACCAACGUUGGAAUAUAACACUCAUCCAUGGAGUUGGUCGCCAUGUUCAGCUGGAAUGCUCGAACGAUUCCUCGAAAAUAAUCGAGGUCAAACUCAAUGUCUAUUCGAUCAGCCGGUCGAACGUCGUUACUACGAGGAUGUCUUUGUACGUGAUGAACCAGGAAAGAAAUACGAUGCUCAUCAACAGUGCAAGUUUGUAUUUGGACCAGCUUCUGAGUUGUGCCCUUAUAUGCCGACAUGCCGCCGUCUUUGGUGUGCAACAUUCUACGGAAGCCAGAUGGGCUGUCGAACUCAGCAUAUGCCAUGGGCCGACGGAACUCCUUGUGACGAAUCAAGAAGCAUGUUCUGUCAUCAUGGAGCCUGUGUUCGUCUAGCCCCCGAAUCCCUUACCAAAAUUGACGGACAAUGGGGUGACUGGCGAUCAUGGGGAGAAUGCAGUCGUACUUGUGGUGGUGGUGUUCAAAAAGGAUUAAGAGAUUGUGACAGCCCAAAACCUCGAAAUGGUGGAAAGUACUGUGUUGGUCAACGAGAACGUUAUCGGUCAUGUAAUACACAAGAAUGCCCAUGGGAUACUCAACCAUACCGUGAAGUUCAAUGUUCUGAAUUCAACAAUAAAGAUAUUGGAAUCCAAGGUGUCGCUUCAACGAAUACUCACUGGGUUCCAAAAUAUGCGAAUGUUGCACCAAAUGAACGUUGCAAGCUGUAUUGUCGGCUCAGUGGAUCUGCAGCGUUCUAUCUGCUUCGAGAUAAAGUUGUUGAUGGAACACCAUGUGAUAGAAAUGGAGACGAUAUUUGUGUAGCUGGAGCUUGUAUGCCAGCAGGCUGUGAUCAUCAACUUCAUUCAACUCUCCGAAGAGACAAAUGUGGUGUUUGCGGUGGGGAUGAUUCUUCCUGUAAGGUUGUCAAAGGAACAUUUAAUGAGCAAGGAACCUUUGGUUAUAACGAAGUAAUGAAGAUUCCAGCUGGUUCUGCAAAUAUUGAUAUCCGGCAGAAAGGAUAUAAUAAUAUGAAAGAAGAUGACAAUUAUCUUUCUCUCCGUGCCGCCAAUGGUGAAUUCCUACUUAACGGUCAUUUCCAAGUAUCACUGGCUCGCCAACAAAUUGCAUUCCAAGACACUGUUCUCGAAUAUUCUGGUUCUGAUGCAAUUAUUGAACGGAUAAAUGGAACUGGUCCGAUUAGAAGUGACAUUUAUGUUCAUGUUCUUUCUGUUGGUAGUCAUCCACCCGACAUCUCAUAUGAGUACAUGACUGCGGCUGUUCCAAAUGCUGUAAUUCGGCCAAUAUCCAGUGCAUUGUAUUUGUGGAGAGUUACGGAUACUUGGACAGAAUGUGAUAGAGCCUGUCGUGGACAGCAAUCGCAAAAAUUAAUGUGUCUGGACAUGUCGACUCAUCGUCAAAGUCAUGAUAGAAAUUGUCAAAAUGUUCUCAAACCAAAACAAGCAACACGAAUGUGCAAUAUAGAUUGUUCUACAAGAUGGAUCACUGAAGAUGUGUCUAGUUGUAGUGCCAAAUGUGGAUCUGGACAGAAACGUCAACGAGUUUCUUGCGUAAAAAUGGAGGGUGAUCGUCAAACUCCAGCAUCCGAACAUCUAUGUGAUCGUAAUUCAAAACCAUCCGAUAUUGCCAGUUGUUACAUUGACUGCUCUGGAAGAAAAUGGAACUAUGGAGAAUGGACUUCAUGUUCUGAAACUUGCGGAUCGAAUGGAAAAAUGCAUCGGAAGUCAUAUUGCGUUGAUGAUUCGAAUCGUCGAGUUGAUGAGUCAUUGUGCGGCAGAGAACAGAAAGAGGCGACAGAACGGGAAUGUAACAGAAUUCCAUGUCCAAGAUGGGUUUAUGGGCAUUGGUCAGAGUGCUCUCGAAGUUGUGAUGGUGGAGUCAAAAUGCGUCAUGCUCAAUGUUUGGAUGCAGCCGAUCGGGAAACACAUACAUCCAGAUGUGGUCCAGCACAGACACAAGAACAUUGUAAUGAACAUGCUUGUACUUGGUGGCAGUUCGGAGUCUGGUCUGACUGCUCAGCUAAGUGUGGAGAUGGUGUACAGUAUCGAGACGCUAAUUGUACCGAUCGUCAUAGAUCAGUACUACCGGAACAUCGUUGCCUUAAAAUGGAAAAGAUAAUUACAAAACCAUGUCAUAGAGAAUCAUGUCCAAAAUAUAAACUUGGAGAAUGGUCUCAGUGUAGUGUUUCUUGUGAGGAUGGAUGGUCGUCAAGAAGAGUUUCAUGUGUUUCUGGAAAUGGAACUGAAGUCGAUAUGUCACUUUGUGGUACUGCAUCUGAUCGGCCUGCUUCUCAUCAGACAUGUAAUUUAGGCACUUGCCCAUUUUGGAGAAAUACUGAUUGGAGUGCUUGUUCUGUAUCUUGUGGAAUCGGUCAUCGGGAACGUACAACCGAAUGCAUAUACCGCGAACAAUCUGUUGAUGCUUCUUUUUGUGGAGAUACCAAAAUGCCAGAAACUAGUCAAACUUGCCAUCUUCUGCCAUGUACAUCUUGGAAACCAAGUCAUUGGUCCCCUUGCUCAGUCACUUGUGGAUCAGGAAUUCAGACUAGAAGUGUUUCGUGUACUCGUGGAUCUGAAGGAACUAUUGUUGAUGAAUAUUUUUGUGAUCGAAAUACUCGUCCACGCCUAAAAAAGACUUGUGAAAAAGAUACUUGUGAUGGGCCCAGAGUACUUCAAAAACUUCAAGCCGACGUACCACCAAUCCGAUGGGCAACCGGACCAUGGACAGCCUGUUCAGCAACUUGUGGUAAUGGUACUCAACGUCGUCUUCUCAAGUGCCGAGAUCAUGUUCGUGAUCUUCCUGAUGAGUAUUGCAAUCAUUUGGAUAAGGAAGUAUCAACAAGAAAUUGUCGCCUUCGUGAUUGUUCAUACUGGAAAAUGGCGGAAUGGGAAGAGUGUCCAGCUACUUGUGGAACUCAUGUUCAACAAAGUAGAAAUGUUACAUGCGUCAGUGCGGAAGACGGUGGUCGGACGAUUUUGAAAGAUGUUGAUUGUGAUGUGCAAAAGAGACCAACAAGUGCAAGAAAUUGCCGACUUGAACCCUGUCCAAAGGGAGAAGAACAUAUUGGAUCCUGGAUUAUUGGAGAUUGGUCAAAAUGCUCUGCUUCUUGUGGUGGGGGAUGGCGUCGUCGCAGUGUAUCUUGCACUUCGUCUUCUUGCGAUGAAACCAGAAAACCAAAGAUGUUUGAUAAAUGCAAUGAAGAACUAUGUCCACCACUCACAAAUAAUUCUUGGCAGAUAUCUCCAUGGACUCACUGUUCUGUAUCGUGUGGCGGGGGAGUUCAACGCCGCAAAAUCUGGUGUGAAGACGUGCUUUCCGGUCGUAAACAAGACGAUAUCGAGUGCUCAGAGAUUAAGCCUCGCGAACAAAGAGAUUGUGAAAUGCCUCCAUGCCGAUCUCAUUAUCACAACAAAACAUCAUCAGCAUCAAUGACAUCAUUAUCAUCUUCGAAUUCAAAUACGACGUCUUCCGCUUCCGCUUCUUCGCUUCCUAUCCUUCCACCCGUCGUCUCCUGGCAAACGUCUGCAUGGAGCGCGUGUUCUGCAAAAUGCGGUCGUGGAACGAAACGAAGAGUUGUCGAAUGUGUAAAUCCAUCAUUAAAUGUGACAGUGGCAAGUACAGAAUGUGAUCAAACGAAGAAACCAGUUGAAGAAGUUCGUUGUCGUACUAAACAUUGCCCGAGAUGGAAGACUACUACUUGGAGUUCGUGUUCUGUCACCUGUGGCAGAGGAAUCAGACGUCGUGAAGUUCAAUGUUAUCGUGGUCGCAAGAAUUUGGUGUCUGAUUCGGAGUGCAAUCCAAAAACUAAGCUCAACUCUGUUGCCAACUGUUUCCCAGUGGCUUGUCCAGCUUAUAGAUGGAAUGUUACUCCAUGGAGCAAGUGCAAAGAUGAGUGUGCUCGAGGACAAAAGCAAACUCGUCGGGUGCACUGUAUAAGCACUUCUGGUAAACGAGCAGCUCCACGAAUGUGUGAAUUGGCUCGUGCACCAACUUCGAUCAGAGAGUGCGAUACAUCAAAUUGUCCAUAUGAGUGGGUGCCAGGAGAUUGGCAAACGUGUUCAAAGUCAUGUGGAGAAGGAGUACAGACACGAGAAGUCAGAUGUCGUAGAAAGAUUAAUUUUAACUCAACCAUUCCAAUUAUAUUUAUGCUCGAAGAUGAACCAGCUGUACCAAAAGAGAAAUGUGAACUUUUCCCAAAACCAAAUGAAUCUCAAACGUGCGAACUUAACCCAUGCGAUUCGGAAUUCAAAUGGAGUUUCGGACCAUGGGGUGAAUGCUCGAAAAAUUGCGGUCAAGGUAUUCGACGUCGACGUGUCAAGUGUGUGGCCAAUGAUGGUCGUCGAGUUGAACGAGUCAAGUGUACCACAAAGAAACCACGUCGAACUCAAUAUUGUUUUGAAAGAAAUUGCCUUCCGUCAACUUGUCAGGAGCUUAAAUCUCAGAAUGUUAAGGCUAAAGAUGGAAAUUACACUAUUCUUCUUGACGGAUUCACUAUUGAAAUUUAUUGUCAUCGAAUGAAUUCAACCAUUCCUAAAGCUUAUUUGAACGUUAAUCCAAGAACCAAUUUUGCAGAGGUUUAUGGAAAAAAAUUAAUAUACCCUCAUACUUGCCCAUUUAAUGGUGAUCGUAAUGAUUCAUGCCAUUGUUCAGAAGACGGCGAUGCAAGUGCUGGAUUGACGAGAUUCAAUAAAGUUCGAAUAGAUUUGUUGAAUAGAAAGUUCCAUCUGGCGGAUUAUACAUUUGCAAAACGAGAAUAUGGUGUUCAUGUGCCAUAUGGUACUGCCGGUGAUUGCUACAGUAUGAAAGAUUGUCCACAGGGAAUAUUCUCAAUUGAUUUAAAAUCUGCUGGUCUGAAAUUAGUUGACGAUCUGAAUUGGGAGGAUCAAGGUCAUCGAACAUCCUCUCGAAUCGAUCGUUUUUAUAACAAUGCAAAAGUUAUUGGUCACUGUGGUGGUUUUUGUGGAAAAUGCUCUCCUGAGCGGUACAAAGGACUAAUCUUUGAAGUUAAUACAAAAUUAUUAAAUCAUGUGAAAAAUGGUGGACACAUUGAUGAUGAAUUGGAUGAUGAUGGUUUCUCUGGUGACAUGGAUUAAUUUUUUCGAUACCUAAAAGUGUCAAAAUCUCGUAUGAAUCUCUACUUCUCUGGUCUCUUAUUUCAAGUUUUUGAUUCUUUUCUUUUUUUUAGUUUUUAAUAGCAUUACUUCGAAUUUAUUGUCAUUCCCUCAAUCACCUAACACUAGGUUUUCUACAUAGUAUGUUCCUUGAAAAUGUUUCAUGAUCAAAGGUUACGGUACUUUUGACUGCGCCUUUUUUUCUAAUCAAAUAUUGAAAUUCGCUGAAUUGUGAGAUAUAUGGGGGCAAUUUAGACAUUCUUGAACAAAGUUUCUGAACAAAAAAGAAGCGGAAACUGUUUAAAAUUUCUCGAUAUGUAUAUCCAUCAAUUUUGCGAAUCGCUGAAGUUUGAUUUUCCUGAUCGAUGUUUGCUCCUGUCCUAACUUCGCUAAGUAAUUUAGUCUUAUCGCAGGAGAAUCUUUUUUGUUUUUAUUUUUUAAUUUGUUCAGUUCAAUUACAUACUCAUUAUAGCCUGAGCUUUAAAUCUUUCCUUAUUUCCAGUUGUUUUCUUUUUUUGCUUUCCUUGUUUUCUAUGUUUCAAAAAUCCUUGUUUUCCUAUUAUACUGCCUUUCCUUUUUUCACUUUUCCAACCCACCCGCUGCUUUCCUUCUUCCAGUUAAUCUUUUUUUAUUAAUUGUUUUUUUUAGAUAUUCUAAUUUUCAGCCAGCUUCUUCCUGCCGUUCCUUUCUUUUCUCUUUUUUUCUCUAUUCCACUUUACCCACAAGUUUUUCAUAGCACUGCAUAAUAUUUAUUAAACUUUAGUCAAUUCAAAUAUUUUAUUAAAAUAGAGUAAUAGAGCCUCGCCUUCUUCUGAACGUUAUAAUAAAAAUAUAAAAUUCAAU